CGAAACGAACAUACCUCUCAUUCUUGUUGGCAGCGUAAGAGCGUUCGGACGUAUUCGAACUACUUCAACAUAAAUUCGUAAAUUCGACUUCCUUUUGUUUUGUAAAUUCGUCGUUGAGUGAAUUUUUAUUUUAAAUUUAUUUAAUUGUGGAAAUUGUGGAGUGUGUCACAAAAUACAACUUAGUGUUGAAUUAGUGUAGCAAAUUUUGAAUUAGAAAAUGGCAACUAACGAAGAACUCCUGCCACGGACCGAGUAUUUAAAGCACACGAUUCGUCUCACUCUUAACGAGCUGUACACAGGCACGGAACGAAAAUUGUUCGUCCAUAACAACCGCGUGUGUGACGAAUGUGUUGGAACCGGAUCUAUCAGUGGAAGGCCAAAGGUGUAUAACGAUUGUGAGCAAUGUCAUGGUCUGGGCAUUAAAUCAGUAAUUACUAGACCAGCACCAGAUGUUGAACAGCGAAUCGUACGUGACUGCUAUAUGUGUUGGGGUGACGGUUCUGCCAUAAUUCCCGCAAAUCGAUGCCGUACCUGCCGUGGUGAAGGAGUCGUGGGAAGUCCGAGCGCUAUAACUGUGAAAGUGAGACGUGGCUCUAGAGACGGUCAAAAAAUAAUUUACAAAAAUGGAGGCAAUCAAGAGCCGAAUAAACGACCAGGCGACGUGUACGUUAUAUUGGAAUCGAUAGAUCAUCCAAUAUUUACAAGAGAUGGGGAUGAUUUGACAAUUACAAUGCAAUUGACCAUGGUGGAAGCGCUGUGUGGAUUUGAGAAAUACAUUGAAACACUGGACAAGCGACAGUUGCGCCUCAAAUGUCCUCCCGGAACGGUUGUCCAAGACUACGAUCAAAAGUGUGUACCUGGUGAGGGAAUGCCCAAAUUCAACAAUCCAACAGAGAAGGGCAACCUAAUAAUAACAUUUGAAGUUGAUAUACCGAACCGGAUUCGCACGAAACACAUAAAGUCGCUCGAAGAAUGUCUACCGCCCCGAGAAGUGAUAAAUAUACCUAUGCAUGUUAAAGAGUGCAACAUGUUCGAUCUUAGCAAGCGAUAUCUGCACAACAAUCCGCUUGGUAAAGUUUAUAGAUUACUACCCAAUGGUGAUCUUAUUCUGGUUAACGGUCGACACGAUCGACAUGCCCAACACGAUCAACAUGCCCAACACGAUCAACAUGCACAACACGAUCAACAUGCCCAACACGAUCAACACGCCCAACACGAUCAGCAUGCCCAACACGAUCAACAUGCCCAACACGAUCAACAUGCCCAACAUGAUCAAUAUGCCCAACUGGAUCAACAUGUCCAACUGGAUCAACAUGCCCAACUGGAUCAACAUGCCCAACUGGAUCAACAUGCCCAACUGGAUCAACAUGCCCAACACGACAACGAUAACCACUAUGAUUACGAUAACCACUAUGAUUAUCAAUACGAACACCAAGAACAAUACUACCUCGACGAAGACAGUUACGAAGUCCAAAGAAACUACGAACAUCCAAGCGAAUACGAUCGCCACUACAAUCAUCAGGGAAAUGAAUCGACGAACCACUUCCAUCAAGAAGAUUUCGAUCAGCAGGAAGAUGAUUCAAUGGAAUCCUACGACGCGACCCGACAAUAUCGUUCCAAUUAAAAGAAUUUGUCUUGUCUAUG